AUGUGCAAGAGGCCUUUGGAAGUGGGUAGCCUGUCCUUAGAGGCUGUCAGAUCGCAACCUCACAGGACUGGUGGGAGCCUCUGGGCUGCCCUCCUCCGAGCCGUGCCACGGUUGGCAGGCCCAGCUGCCUGGAGAAGGCCUGUGUGCGGGCUGUGGUGCCACACCGGGCAGGAUCCUGGGACGUGGAUGGGGAGCAGGACCCCCACCCCGAAGGAGAAGCCUGCAGGCACGGACGCGGAGCAGUUCCGGAUGGUCUACCGGUUUGAUGCUAUCCGAGUCUUCAAGUACCUGUCCCGGCUGAAGGUGACGCAGACGGCGCUGACGCUGCUGGCCCUGCCGCCUGGCUUCUACGGGUACUCGCACGGCUUCGUGACUCUUGGCAACUUGUGCCUGGCGGGUGGGGUGGCCGGCUUCGCCCUGGCCAUGCUUUUCUGGAUGAGCCACUUCUUCCGGAGGCUGGUGGGCAUCCUGUAUGUGAACGAGGCGGGCACUGUGCUGCGCGUAGCCCACCUGACUUUCUGGGGCCGGCGGCAGGACACGGACUGGCCCGUGGCCCAUGUGAUCCCCCUGACAGAGAGCAAGGACCGGCCCCAGGAGCUGUUCGUGUGCAUCCAGCAGUAUGGCGGGAAGCAGACCUUCUACCUCAGCCUGCGCUACGGACGCGUCCUGGACAGAGAGCGUUUCACACAGGUGUUUGGGAUGCUGGACACCCUCAAGUGAGCUGGGAGCUGGGCCUCCGGGUGGCCCUGGGCUUCCCGGAUCUCCAGCAGGAAGGCCGAGGGUGUGGGUGAGGCCGCAGAGCGGGAUCAGGCCGCUGGAGACCUUGCCAGGGCCUCUCAGCCCUUGUCUUUUGGGAUGAGGAAAUUAUGAGGCAGGAGCUAGUGACUGGGUUUAGGAGAGAGGUCCUUAGUACAAAUUCUUACUGUAUUUGCGUGCGACAUUCAGCCAGAUGAUGGCCAGAAGUUUCUGUUAACCGCCAAUUCUUGGAUGAAGCUACGUCGGGUUCACUCAAGCGGUGCCCUGCUGAGAAAUUGGAAGGCGGGGAGGUGCGCGGUGGGGAGCCCAGGAUUCGGAGUGAGAACGCUCGGGCGCUGUCCCUUCUCAACUCCCGGUCCCGCAGCAGGUUGUCGAGUCUUGCUGAACCUUGGUUGUCACAUCCGUGGAAGGGAAAAUCCUGCUUGUCACAUGGGACGGGUGUGAGAAUAAACAGUAAAUGUCAAGGUCAGUGCAGAGGUCAGGGUGUGCUGCAAGGCUUCCGGGCAGUCGGGAGGGAGGUCCCGAGCCCUGUGCCUGGCCCCCUCAGGGGCUUACCCCGGAUAAGGACUGGGAAGAAGCCUAGAUAGAGGGGGGUCAUUUGACCCCGCCGGAAUGGUGACCGCACAGUGACCGGGACAGGUGUCGGCCCAGUGAGCACAGCACUUCCGCCAAGAUUGUGUUCGCCACCCAGACGCCUGUGGGCCCUCCUGUGGGGACGCUCUGCGAUGUGAUAAAGUGAGAUGAACUGUAUUCUGGUACCUUAUUUUAUAAACCAAAGCUGAUUAUAUGCACUGCCCUUCCCUGCAGUCAGUGCUGCAUGUCUGUUACUCAGUCGGUAACAGUACAGAGGAGGGAAGGCGUGAUCUCUCUUAUUCUGCCUCUCAGAAGUCAGUAACUACAUGUUUCGUUGUGCGGACUUCUAGCCUUUUUUAUUGUAAAAUAUACAGAAUGUAAAUUUAUCCUUUUACCAUUUUCUAGUGAGCAGUUUAGUGAUACUAAGCACGUCUACAGCAUUGUGCAACCACCGCCUCUGUCCAUUUCCAGAACUUUUCUGUCAUCCCAGGGAGAAACUCCAUUCCCAUUAAACAUGACUCCCCAUUCCCCCUCUCCCUGGCCCUUGUAACCACUCGUCUGCUUUCUGUCUGUGUGGAUCGGCUUAUCCUGGACUUUUGGUGUAGACGGCAUCAGACGCCCCGUGGUGGGUGAUGUCUUUCGCUCACCAUCCUGUUUCCUAGGCACAUCUGGGCUAUAACACGUAUGAGCUUCAUUCCUUUUUGUGGCUGAAUAACGUGUGUGUAGACCAUAUUUCGUUUCUCCAUCCGUUGAUGGACAUUUGCAUUGUUUGCAGCGCUUGGCUCUUGUGACUAAUGCUGCUGUCCUCAUGGGUGGACAGAAGUCUGAGGCCAUGCUUUCGGGUGUGUGCUGAGAAGUGGGAUUCCUGGAUUGGUGGUAACUCUAUGUUUACCCUUGUGAGGAACCACCAGGCUUUCCCACAGUGACUGCGUGGUCUUAUAUCCCCCCGCACUGCGUGAGGGUUCCAGUUUCUCCGUGUCCUUCUUUUGGAUAAUCGGCGUCCUAGCGGGUGUGAAGUGGUGUCUUCCUGUGCUUUCGGGCUUUUCUAAAAACACGGGUGUUAUCUUGUACCUGGAAUUGUUUGGGUUUUUUGCUUCCCAAAAAACAUGACUAUCUUAGUGGUAAACCAUUGGAAAUAUUCUGUCACAAGAAAAUAAAAGCCUUGUAACAUGUGA